ACAACAUGUAGCUGAACUGGAUCCAGAAAGAAUUCAACAGAUUAUGGAAAAAGCUCUUCUGGAUGCUAAAUGGAUAAUGCAAAAAUAUAAAAAAGAACCAUCACCAUAUCCACCAAAAAUAUAACAGUAAUAUAAAUAGUUUUUUUAAAAUGCAGAACUUUCAUCAAUUAAUAUCCAAGGAAUGCAGCGCAGGCCCUGCCAAUUUCUGGAAAGCUUCUGAAAUACUAUUGAAGAGUCCACAUCUGAUAAAUCGUAGAAUUUUAAGUUCUGCUCAAAUUAGUGUAUAUAGAUUGAGGAAUGUUAAUAGUGCAGAGAUAUAUGAAUGGUUUGUUAAUCAAAAAAAAGAAAUCACUAGUCCAUCAAAUAUUGAAGAAGAAUUGUUUACAUCUUUAAAAAGUUUAGCUAAUGGAAAUAUUGAAUUGGUAAAAUGCUCCUUGGAAGAUGUUGAUUUUAUUCAUAAGGAUAAUGAAUCAAUGUAUUUUCGUCUUGCAAAACUGAUCCCUAGACAUGUUAACACAUUUUCAAAUACUUUAGAGUUGAGUUUGAUUGAUUUGAAUUCUAAUAUAUUGACAUUCAGUUUUUUAAAUUAUGACAAAGAAAAAAAAUCGUUGGGUUUUGAAUAUUCUUAUCAAAUUAGGUAUGAAAAAGAUAAUGUUUCUAUUCAUAUACAAAACAUAGAAUGCUGGCAAGAAAAUUCAAAUUUAUCAUGGUUUGAAGAUUGUUUUUUUCCAAAAUUGAUUAAAUGGAUUGAAAAUGAUACACCAAAAAAUAGUUUAAUCAAUGGUUCCUUGAAAUUAGUAUCUUCAGAAGAGUAUACAGAUUUGUAUAAUAAUUUAAAAUUAAAAUAUGGUGCAGAAAUGAUCAAAAUUUGGCCAGAAAACACAGAUCCUCUUAAAUUUGUUUUUGAAGAUGUAGCUAUUGCUACGUAUUUAUUACUUUUAUGGGAAACAGAAAGAAAAAGAUUAAAUUUAAAAAAUAAACAGUCAUUUUUAGACCUUGGCUGUGGCAAUGGAUUAUUGGUACAUAUACUUAAUUGUGAAGGACAUCCUGGAUUAGGCAUUGAUCUCCGUAAAAGAAAGAUUUGGGAUCUUUAUCCAGAAAGUACGCAUCUUGAGGUAAAAACAAUUAUUCCAUCUUCCAAAAGUCUGUUUCCUGAAACAGAUUGGCUUAUUGGAAAUCAUUCCGAUGAAUUAACACCUUGGAUUCCAGUCAUAGCUGCAAGAAGUUCAUACAAAUGUCGUUUCUUUUUAUUACCAUGCUGUGCCUAUGAAUUUGAUGGUCGAAAAUAUCAAAGAGAAAGUUCCUCUGUAAGUCAGUACAACGAUUAUAUGCAAUACAUAAAAGACGUAAGUGAAAAUUGUGGAUUUAAAACGGAUAUAGACAAAUUAAGAAUACCAUCAACUAAAAGGAUCUGUAUUAUUGGUACUGAUAGAAAUUAUGCUCCUUUGGAUUUUGAAUCGCAAGAUGUAAAAAUUCAGAGUAUUGUAAGUGCAAGAUCCAAUGGUCUUCAAAAUGAAGAUUCUUGGUCUAGUACUUUUAAACCUCGAGAAUCUGUUGAAAAAGUUCGAAACUGCACAAAAGUCAACAAAGAUUUAAUAUCUAGUAUUAUCGAAAUAGUAGUUUCAUUACUAUUCCACAAAGCACGGUUAAUAAGUCUUGAAAAUGGAAAAACUUGGAACGCUGGCGGAGAAAUAGAAUUGGCUCAAGUAGCAAAGGCAGUAGAUACAGAAUCAUUGAAGCAAUUGAAAAAUGAAUGCGGUGGUUUACAAACUUUGUUAAGAAAUAAUGGAAAUAUUUUUAAAAUAGAAUCUGGAAAAGUUCGUUUUCGAGUUCCCGGUAAAGAGACUGUAGGUAAAAAAAAGAAACCAAAAGUUUCGACUGUAAAACGAAAAAUAAAAGAUUGUUGGUUUCACAUAAAUCAUCCAGAUGGAUGUCCUCUAACUGACGAAGAAUGUGAUUUUAUACAUUCUCACGAAAAAUUGUAACAGGCCGUAGGAAUUUAUUAAAUUGGUUGCACUGUACUUGUAUCGUUUUCAUCGCAAAAGCAUUUAAUUUUUUUUUGUAAAUGUAUACAUAUUAGUUGUAACAUUUUAAGGCACGUGCAGCCUAUGAAUUUAUAGAUCCAUUUUUAUAUUGUACAACAAUGCAAUUGAUUACAAUUUUACUUGUUAUAUCAAUUUAUUAUAAUGCACAUUAUAAUAAAUUGAUGAAAUAAUAACAAUAGUAAUAGUAUAAUACAAUAUUAUG